AGUUUUCCAGAGAAGGACCUUCUCCACUGUCCAUCCAAGGACGCGGUUGAGGCUCACUUUAUGUCGUGUAUGAAAGAAGCCGAUGCUUUGAAGCAUAAAAGUCAAGUGAUCAACGAAAUGCAGAAAAAAGACCACAAGCAGCUCUGGAUGGGACUGCAGAAUGACAGAUUUGACCAGUUUUGGGCCAUCAACCGGAAACUCAUGGAAUAUCCUCCAGAAGAAAAUGGAUUUCGUUAUAUCCCUUUUAGAAUAUAUCAGACCACGACUGAACGGCCUUUUAUUCAGAAGCUGUUCCGUCCUGUGGCCGCAGAUGGACAGCUGCAUACACUUGGAGAUCUCCUCAGAGAAGUCUGUCCUUCCGCAGUCACCCCCGAAGAUGGAGAGAAGAGGAGCCAAGUGAUGAUUCACGGGAUCGAGCCGAUGCUGGAGACGCCUCUGCAGUGGCUGAGUGAGCAUCUGAGCUACCCAGAUAACUUUCUUCACAUCAGCAUCGUCCCCCAGCCGACAGACUGAAGAGCGUGGCGGCCUCGCUGGAUGGAACCACCUUGAGUCCGGACACCAAAGCGUGACACCCUUGCUUCAGUCAGGCUCAGUGGAGGCAACAGAAACCUGGGCUGAGGCAAGCCAAAGAGGAGAAGAUUCCAUGAGAGAUAGGGCACCCGGGCAGGGCUGAGUGUGCACCGCUGCUUCGCUCCUCCGCCGGCCGUCUGGAAACCUCAGCUGAGACAGACCGGACCACUGCAGCCUCUUCUUCUCUUGAAAUGCAAUGCAGCCGAAGCCUUUGCUCAAUGAAAAACAAAAUGGAAACGUGCCACAGUUUGUCUUUCUGAUUAACACAUCAGUGGGUGUUUCCUAAGGUGACCAUGGCUGAACCUUAGGCAGGAGAGUGGAAACAUUGGUUGAAUUUUCAAUAGAAUUAGACUUAAGAAAGUAAAAGAGAAAUUCUGUUAUUAAUAACUUGCAGUAAUUUUUUGUAAAAGAUCAAAUUACAGUAAACCCAUCUUUCCUUAAUGAGAAUUUCCUGUUUACAGUCAGUCUAUUGGUAUGCAAACAAUCUUGUAACUUUGAUAAUGAACAGUGAGAGAUUUUUAAAUAAAGCCUCUAACUAUGUUUUGUCAUUUAAUAACAUAAAGUUUGUCACUUUUCAAGGACCUCCUGAAUCUCCUAGAAGCCACUUUGUAUUCUGUGUUUGUCACUGGCAUAGCAAGGGUGCAGGGCAUAGGGUACCUUGUCUCAGGAGCUCUCACAGGGUUUAUUACUGUGACUUGAAAAUCUGUCUUCUGUAUACUAAAAGUAUAAAUAAUAUUAUCUGUCUUUGCUGUUUUGUUGGUCACUAUAAGCCUGUCAAAUCAUAGUAUACCAAGUAUCUGUAUACGAGAAUUUUUGAAUAUUUUGAAGCUCCCAUUCCUUUCCAGUGUUUUGGUUUUUUUUUUUUUCCCUUUCUUUUUUCUUUUUUCUUUUUUCUUUUUUCUUUUUUUUGGCUCCUGGAUUACUAUGUGAUUGUGGCCCCUGGCAGCCAGUCUUUAAAGCCUGAAGGUGACCUGUGUCUUCACUGCAGUAGCUUUUCCUUAUCAUUACCAAAAACAUCCAGAGGUUACUGGAACUCCCACUCCCACCACAGUAAGGGAAGUUUGCUGCACUCUCCCGAUGGCUGCCUGGAGCCGCCUGCUGUUGUUGAUCUGUGAGCAAGCUUGCUGUCCACAUGAAUGUCAACCCAUCUAAGUAUGCUAAAAGAUGAUAUCAUAAAAUAAUGGUUUAGAUUACAAAAUAAAGAUGAAUGUUUUCUUACAAAAA